GGAAGGCGUAACCCAAAAAGGUAUCUUAGAAAGUUCAUCAAGAUGAGUAUCUUCCUGAAUGUGCUCAGACCUUAUGUUGCGUACAUCACGUUCCCUGUCGCCCUAGUCUUUGGCUUCGUGGGCUACAAAAUCGAAGGCUGGGUCUCGGACAAGUACACUCCGUACAAUAAAAGUAUACAAGAGUUGCGAAGGGAGCGGCAGGAAAAAGAAGGAAAGGCCGAACUUGUGAUCCCUAAAACGAUUUUUGAGAAGAAUUUAUCGCCCUCUCUCAUCGAAGAAGACCCGAGAACCACAAAAAGCAAUGCGGCGUAAAUGUACCUUAAAAACGACGGGCAUCUUCCUAACAUUUCAGUGACUGUGAAAAUAAGCGGCAAAUAAAUAAGCAGAUUUUAGUUAUCAAUAAAAUAAAUGA